AUGACGACGGUGCCACCUCCAUUCUUUGUUCGUCUGCUCAACAAGUUCUUUCGAAUUCUCGGAUAUUUCGUAGCUGAUCAUGACCAUCUAGUGCUAUGGGUCAGCCUUGCUUUUACCAUUCUAUGUUCUGUCAAAAUAGCCUUCACAAAGCAAGAAGACGACAUCAAAACAGGCUACACACCAUUUGGGGCACGAUCUCGGGAUGAAAUCGCUGCAUACAAUAACUAUUUCGCGGCUAAAGGAGAUCCCAUUGCUGUAUUUCUCUUUAUCACAGCCAAGAAUGGAGGGUCAAUGGCUGGGUUGAACGAGUUAGAAGAAGCCAUACGAGUAUUGGAUUAUAUAGCAGUCAACAUUACUCACGAUGGUCACACAUUCGAAGAAUUGUGUAGUGAUUUCUGUCAGCUUAAUGAGCCUGUACGGCAAUUUUACAAUGGUUUGGCUAUGCAUCAGUUCUCAAACAACAGUCUCACGGAAGAAAGAAUUACUUUAACUUUUCCCACAAUGCAAGUAUUAGGGAAAGAACUCGAUCUGAGCCCAAGUUUCUUUGGUGUUCAAACAAAUGAAACUAGCCACGCGAUAAACUAUCUCAAGCUCAUCAUGAUGCAGUUCCGUGCUAACCCUGCACAGGGUUGGUCGAGAGAUGAUGUUGCUCAAUACGAGAGAAAGAUUUCUCACUACUUCCAUAAAGAGUACGUAUCUGACUACUUAAACAUCUAUGCCAUGUCUCUGACUUAUACUGCCGAUGAAAUCGUACGCACUGGUCUGACCAUUUUCCCCUAUCUUGCUGUUGGCUUCUCUAUCAUGAGUAUAUUCUCUAUAAUAACUGUGUACUACAGCAGCUCUAAAAUGGGACAGUGGUCCUAUCACAAGAUAACACAAGCAGUAUUGGGAUGCGUUUGUCCACUAUUAGCAACAUCAUCUGCUCUUGGGGCUCUUUUCUGGCUCGGAUUCCGUUUUGGAACAAUUCUCUGUGUGACUCCAUUCCUGAUCUUGGCCAUUGGAGUUGAUGAUUCUUACUUAACAAUUCAUUCAUGGAUGAGAAUAACGAAUGAAGAUCCCACACUAACGAAGCGUGAAAGAGUAUCACGUAUGUUAGUAGAUGUUGGACCAUCAAUUAGCAUCACAUCACUUACCAAUUUUUUGGCUUUCAUUAUCGGAAUUUACACUCCAACACCCGAAAUUCAAUUAUUCUGUAUAGGAAACGCCGUAGCCAUUGUGUUUGAUUAUGUUUAUCAAAUUACUAUGUAUAGUGCCUUAGUAUCCAUAACAGGUGAUAUGGAGAUGAGGAAAGAAAGUAAGAGACAACAAACAGUACAAUGGAGCAGCGUACGUUUUGAUAAAUACCUUCACUUGUUAGAUGAUUAUUCUGAAUGGAUUGCUAGCAAGUUCACAGCAGCUUUAAUGUUCUUUGUGUUAUGUAUAUAUUGGUACACAACUUUGCGUGGAGCUUUAAGUAUCAAUAUUGUCCUGUCACCUGAUAAACUAGUAUUGAGUGAUUCUCCUCUACUUCAAAUCAAUCACCUCCGUGAUAACUAUGUUUUACAAAACUACACCACUGUCAAUAUUUUUGUUCAAAAUCCUGGAGAUCUGUCGAAUCCUGAACGCUUAGCUCAAGCCAAUUCUUUAAUUGAACAGUUCGAAUCAUACCCUGAGUGCCUUGGACCUAAAUUCAGUCACUACUUUGUGAGAGAUUACAAAUCAUUUUUGGAAAUUUCUGAAGAAAUGGAAGAAGCAAGUCGAGAUGAAACGGGACUUACUUCAUCAACUCAUAAAGAAGAAGAAACAUUCACUCGAGAAUCAAUGAACGAUUUCUUCUCUUGGCCUGAAUUCAGAUAUUGGAAUGGAUUUGUUCGCUUUAACAAAACUGGAAUGAUUGAGAGAUUCUGGGCUACAGUCUCUUACCAUGGAAGUAUGUUGGGUAACUUCCAAUCAAGAAAGUCAAUGCUUAAGAGAUGGCGUGCAACUGCCGAUUCUUUCCCAGACCUCCAAGUAGCUGUUUUCGAUGAUUAUUCACCAUUCAUCGACCAAUUGGAAACUAUAUUACCAGUAACAAUUUCUACCUCUGCUUGUACACUUCUGUGUAUGAUGAUCGUCUGUUUCCUCUUCAUGUACAAUGUGUUCACAGUUGUUGUUGCAACUCUUUCCAUUUGCUCUAUCUGCAUAGGAGUCUUUGGAUUUUUGUCUAUGUGGGGGAUUGAUUUGGAUCCAAUAUCCAUGGCCACUACCAUCAUGUCCAUUGGAUUCUCAGUAGAUUUCCCUGCUCACAUCACAUUCCAUUACUUCCGUGAAGGAUUAGAAGAACCCGAUUCACCUCCUUCCAAGAGAGUUGCCAGAGCAAUGGCAGCCAUAGGUUUCCCUCUUCUCCAAUGUGGUAUUUCAACGAUCCUGUUUGUUUGUUGUUUAUUAUUUGUUGAAACAUACAUGAGUGAGGUUUUCGUUAAGACAAUGGUUCUUGUUGUGUUCCUUGGUCUAAUUCACGGAUUAGUUAUAGUUCCAGUCUUUCUAUGUGCUCUUACAAAUAUCUACAAUAGUGUAUUCAAACCAAAAGUUGGAGAUACAUCAUCAAAGUUUUCAAUCACGAAAAUUCUAACUUGGAAAAUCUCUCCAUCAUCCAGUGAAGGAAAAAUCAGCUCAACGCAGUCUUCCAAUUCAUGA